AUGAGCGGACCAUACGAACAACAAGGACUUAGUCAAGCUCCCGGUUACUAUCCUGGACAAGUUGCUGGUCAAACACCUACUUUCUAUCCUGGACAAGUUGCUGGUCAGGCACCCGGUUACUUUCCUGGGCAAGUUGCUGGUCAGGCACCCGGUUACUAUCCUGGGCAAGCUGCCGUUCCAAAUAUAGCUCAACAGACUGCUUUUGGAGCCACAGAUGUUUCUCAUGGUGAACAUGCAAAAAAAAGUGGUUCAUCAUCAUCAAGUGGUUCGUAUGUUGCUGAAAAUAAAGGCCAUAUUAGUUACGGUGGCGCUGGAGUAGCUCCUGUAGGACCUCCUGGAGUAACUGCAACAACCUAUCAUGGAGGAUAUGUUGGUGGUGGAUCGUAUGAAACAGCUUAUGGUGGUGCACGACGUCACGGACGCUAUCGACGACAAGUUAUUCAAUUGCCUGAUCCAAUUCAUGGAUCUGUACGACAAGUGCGACAUCGUUUACUAACCCCAGAACCUGACACACUUGAACGAGUUUAUAUUCAACGUACAGGUCCUGAAAUUAUAGAAGAAAUUACAGAAGUUCCAACAACACCACCACCUCGCAUACAAGAACGAACUGUUGUUGAACCAGCUGGACCACCUCAAGUAGUUAGAAAAGUUAUUCGUGUACCACCACGAAGCGGUGGUUAUACUUCAUAUCCCCAAUAUGAAGGUGCUAGUUUUUACACUGGAGGUCAGGGUAUCAGCAAUCUCGCGAGCUCAGGAAGUUUUGCUAAUUUACAACCUAGUUUUGGUGGCUUUAGCAAUUUUGGUAAUUUUGGUGGACUCUCAUUAGGUGGUGGAUUUGCUGGAGGAGCUACCAAUUUUGGUGGUUUUGGAUCUCUUGGUGGUUUUGGUUCAUUUGGUUCAGGUUUUCAACAUCAAAACUUUGGUCUUGGUGGUUUUCAAUCUCAAGGAUUAUUACCAACGGCUGGAUUUCCUGGUGCUAACUGCUUUUUUAUUUAA